AUGGCGACAAGUGUGGACAUGAAGCUCUUGCGAGCGACCAAAUUUCCACCCGAGUUCAACCAAAAGGUGGACAUGCAGAAGGUCAACCUGCAGGUGCUCAAGAAAUGGAUCGCAAGCAGAAUCUCCGAGAUUCUAGGAUCUGAGGACGACGUCGUGAUUGAGCUGUGCUUCAACUUGAUCGAGGGCCCCCGAUAUCCCGACAUCAAGUCGAUGCAAAUCCAACUCACCGGCUUCCUCGACAAAGAAACCGCCCCAUUCUGUAAAGAGCUCUGGAAACUAUGUUUGAGCGGCCAGUCCAGCCCGCAGGGUGUUCCGAAGGAGCUCCUCGAAGCGAAGAAGCUCGAGCUCAUUCAAGAGAAAAUUGAUGCAGACAAGGCCGCCGAAGACAUUCGAAUGCGUCGAGAGAACCAGGAAUGUCGUGACCGCGAAAUAACCGAGAUUCGAGACCGAGAACGACGAGAUCGUGGCUUCCGCGGUGGACGUGAGGAUAUGGGCGUGGCGGCGGCCGAGGUGGUGGUUCACCCCCGAGGCGAGAUUCAUACCAGGCAGAUCGCGACCGAUACGUUCCCCAAGGUCGUCGCGGGGGGCGGCAAGACUUUAGGCGUGGCCGCUCUGCGUCACGUUCCGCAUCUCCUGAUUCGCGGAGAUCAGUGUCCCGUUCACGAUCACGAUCACCGAUUGAUUCCAACAACCGCAACCGACGGGCCAGCCCUCGCUCUGCCAGCCCACCUCGCUACCGUUCUAGCGGACAUCGGUCGCCACCACGCUACAGAAACUCGGCCAAGCGAGAGCGAUCGCCCGGGCGGGGCAGGGGCGACAGGCGCGGAAGCAAUCGCAGAAGAAACAGCUCUUCCCUUGUCGCUCAAGGUACCCUCCUCGCAGGGACAGCCGUCGGCUGAGUCGAUCUCGUUCGUCGUCCUACUCUCGUCCAUCGCCCAACCGUCGUGGACGACUGAGACGGUCACCGACUCGCAGCCUGAGCCCAUCAGUGUCGCCAGAGGAUCACAAGCGAUCCCGUGGCAAGAGCCCAGGCAGAGACCAGCUGAUGUUUCGGAAGAUGAAGACAGACACAGAGAUCGAUCCCCGGAACACCAGGCGGCCUCGACGGCCGAGGAGACCCAGACUCCGCAACAACAGGCCAACGUGCUGCGAGAGAAGCUUCUGAAAGAAAAGAUUAAGAAGAUGAGAAGAACCUCAAGCAGUGAACUUGGUCGAUAG